CCCCGCAUUCACUAUAUCCGCUCUCCCCGGACCCCGCAUUCACUAUAUCCGCUCUCCCCGGACCCCGCAUUCACUAUAUCCGCUCUCCCCGGACCCCGCAUUCACUAUAUCUGCUCUCCCCAGACCCCGCAUUCACUAUAUCCGCUCUCACCCGGACCCCGCAUUCACUAUAUCCGCUCUCCCCGGACCCCGCAUUCACUAUAUCCCGCUCUCCCCAGACCCCGCAUUCUAUAUCCGCUCUCCCCGGACCCCGCAUUCACUAUAUCCCCUCUCCCUGGACCCCGCAUUCGCUAUAUCCGCUCUCCCGGACCCCGCAUUCACUAUAUCCUGUCUCCUGGACCCCGCAUUCACUAUAUCCGCUCUCCCGGACCCCGCAUUUCACUAUAUUCUAUACACUAUGACUUCUCCUCCUGGCUACCCUUCUUCCUCUCCUCUGAGCUACCCACCAUCAUCCUUGGGAAUUUCAACAUCCCUGUCAACAUCGACAACCCGGCUACAUCCCAUCUCCUCCACUUAACCUCCUCCUUUUACCUCACUCCUUAACACUUGCACAGUGCAUACAAUCCACCACCCACUCCAACGGUAAUAUCCUGGACCUCGUCUUCUCCCAUCUCUGCGCUCCCCACAACCUCACUAACACCCCCUUCCCUCUCUCUGACCACAACCUGAUCACCUUCUCUAUCUCCUCGUCCUCCAACACC